AGCUCCAAUCCAAACGGGCUCUAGUUCUGGGGUUCCACCGCUGGUCACUUCAUUGAUUUGCGCCUUUGAGGAAACCUGUCACCCCAAUGUCCAGACUCUUCCACACUCUUCUCUAUUCACCUAUCACUGAUUCCAUUUCCAACAUUUCUUCUAAUUCUUUUUCCUCUUUUGGCUCUUACUAUAUUUAGGUAUACUUUUAAAUUGACUCUGCUCCAAGAAAUUGUUGUCUGAAUGACUUUUUUCCGUACUCAUAAUCAUAAUCACUCUUGUUGAUUUUUGAAGUCCUCGAAAUAUCAUGGGCUGGUACAGAAGAUCAAAAUUUGGUCUUGAUGCGUUUCGAACUUUCGCAUCAAAGUUUUCCCUCAACAAUUCAAUUCCAAGAACCAACCACUGCAAUUCUUUGACACCAAACAUUCUAGCCAAACUUAGUACAAGUGGGUUUUCCAAUUCGUGUUUUCAAUAUGGCAUCAAGCAAAAUCAGUAUACUAGCCCUUUCUUAACUGGGGCUAGAAGAUAUUACUAUGUUGAUCGAAAACAAGUUCAUCAUUUUCGUCCAAGAGGUCCUCAAAGAUGGUUUCAGAAUCCAAGAAAUGUUGUUAUUGUUGUCUUGGUUGGUUCAGGAUUAGUAAUAACUGUUUAUAUGGGUAAUUUAGAGACUAUACCUUAUACUAAAAGAACCCAUUUUGUGCUUUUGUCUAAAGAUAUUGAGAAAAGGCUAGGUGAGUCUCAGUUUCAACAGAUGAAAGGGACAUUUAAAGGGAAAAUAUUGCCAGCUAUACACCCGGAAAGUGUUAGGGUGAGACUAAUAGCUACAGAUAUAAUUGAAGCUUUACAAAGAGGAUUGAGGAAAGAGCAAGUAUGGACUGAUCUUCACUAUGCAACAAAUGAAAUGGGAUCUCAUGAGAGUAGUAGUGGACAUGAGACUUUGAUGGCAUUAAGUGAUAGUAACCCCGAGGCGAAAUGGAAUAAAGAGGAUGAGAUUUUAGAUGACAGUUGGGUUCAGCAAAGUAGAAAGAAGGGACAAGAAAAGGGGAAAGAGCCUAGUACCUCGCAUAUUGAGGGAUUGAAGUGGGAGGUUUUGGUUGUAAAUGAUCCUAUGGUAAAUGCCUUCUGUUUGCCUGGUGGGAAGAUUGUAGUUUUCACAGGGUUGCUCGAACAUUUUAGGACCGAUGCUGAAAUUGCAACCAUAAUUGGACAUGAGGUUGGGCAUGCUGUGGCUCGCCAUGCUGCUGAGGGAGUUACAAAGAACUUGUGGUUUGCGAUCAUUCAAUUGGUUCUUUAUCAAUUUGUUAUGCCUGAUGUUGUUAACACCAUGUCAGCCCUGUUCCUAAGGCUUCCAUUCUCACGCAGGAUGGAGAUGGAAGCAGAUUACAUAGGGUUGCUUUUGAUGGCUUCUGCUGGAUAUAACCCUCGAGUAGCUCCUUCAGUCUAUGAGAAGCUGGGCAAAAUAUCUGGGGAAUCAGCAUUGAGAGAUUAUCUGUCUACUCAUCCUUCUGGGAAGAAGAGAGCGCAGUUGUUGGCUCAGGCUAAAGUAAUGGACGAAGCCCUUACGAUAUAUAGGGAAGUGCAGGCAGGAAAGGGGAUUGAGGGUUUCCUAUAGAGGAGGAUGAAAUGCAUACGCCAUGUGAGUAGGGAGCGGUCCAGAAGCCUAAGCAGGUGCCAGCUUCAUUGGAAAUUAUGCUCGUCUUUCUUUCCCAUCUUGAUUGAUUUUCAUUUCAAGUUCCAGAAAGAGAAGAUUGAAUUUUGUCUCCACAAAUUGUUGUUUUUGGACAACUCCAAUUUCAUUUUGUGGCUGCUGAAACUGAUUGUUUAAUAAGCGUGCUUGUUUAUCUGUAACCCUUUCAAAUCCCGUACUGUCAAUUUGUACGAAAACGUGGAAGCAACUUGUGACGUGAUCAGCUGCUAAAUUUGCAAGUUUAUCUGUCAUUUGAUUGGCUUUCCUAUAGCAAUGUGUAAUGCAAUUUUCCAUCUAUUGUAAGAAUUUUUGAAUUGUCA